GGGCGGCUCAUUUCUGCCCAUUUCUUCUUACUGUUGGCUAUUACUGCCUGCUAUUGUCCAGUCUUCUUCACAAGGCCUCCAUCGCGACCCACUGUCCCCUCUUUUCUGUACAUUCCUGCUCACCAUCAGCCGCGAUUGCCUACUUGUGUGCAGUUGUUUCCAUGACUGACCAUAGUUGUCUACUAUUGUCAACUACUAGCCACCUCUGCCCUCUAUCAGCCUCAUAAGCUAUUUUGAAGCGUUCAGCUAUCAAUACAUUCCCAGAGUUGCCUCUUGUCAUCCAAUAGACAACAACCUUACCACGGUGAUUUCCUGCCAACGUGUAGAAAUGCCAUCAACUGUGGUAUAAAGAGGGCUGUGCCCCUCACUGAAAACUCGACAUACAACCUUCCCAAAACCUGUUGAAAAGCACGUCGACCCAUCAACAUUGCUUAUGUCAAAAAAAUGGCCUCCUAUAUCCCAGAAGCUUAUGAAUCGCUGCCAUCUCUUCGGGAGGCUGCCAAUCUAUUCAAGGAAACGCAAGCGAAGGAGCUCUUACUGGGCCCUAUAAGAGAGCUUUUCCUCGAUUCCGGAAUACAUGAACAGUACGGGGUCAGUCUGCUGCAUAAGCAUUUUCCGAUUGAGACCAACCAGCGGCUUGUGGACUGCCGAAACAUUUCGACACCGUGGACUGUCGAAAACAGUAACAACUCCGUGGUGUCCAAAUAUGAAGGCUUCAUCAUUCCGCGGACGUUCAGGUUCUUCAACGGAAUUUUGGCUCCGUUUGAAUUUGAUUUUUCGCCGUGCUCGUCUCAUGGAGACCCUGAUCGUGAGCUCUUUGACCGAAUUUCGGCUCUUCUUCACCAACACGGUUUGGAGAACGUACUUGGCGUGCGCUCUCUAGACAGGUAUGACCCGGAUUUAUCCGUGGAGAUCACCGAAGGCAAGACCAACAUCAUGAUACCACGGGGAUCGGUCAAGGAUUCGGAGCUCAUUGAAGCUCUCUGGGUUUUUAGUGCUGAUGAUGACCAGAGGUGCCAUUGCAGAGAGUACUGCUGGAAGGACACUAAGGGAAAACAUCUCAAUGACCAUGGAUGUUCCUGACACUGUACAUAGGCGAUCAUGAGCUUCUUGAUAUUAAA